AAUAAUAUGGUUCAGAGUUGAUAAUGUAAAAUGACAAAAAUAGCCUUAUUGAGAGGGUAUCCGUAUAACGGCUGAAGGGAUGAACGAUAACCUUCUCUCUGGUCAAGCAAAGCAAAGCGAAAGCAAAAGGGAAAUCGUAAAGCGCAGAGAGGAGCUUUCCUUCUUCUUCGUCAAGAAGGACUCUUUCGUUACCCAGUUGAUCAAAAAAGGAAUCAACUUUAUCAUCAGGAUAAUUGAUUCCCCCCUCCCUGAAAGUCUCCACCUUUCCAGAUCUUUCAGAGCUCCGUUUACUUCAAUCAAUGGGAGCAGUGGCUGCCUGGCUUGCUACAGAGAACCCAAACCAACUGAAACUCUAAAGGAUCAUCCACCUUUCAGUUCCAGAGCUAAAACCUUUAAGAAACCAAACGUGUCUGAAGAUUUUUGGUCAACUAGCACAGUUGAUAUGGACAACACCACCUUCCCUUCUCAGGGGAGCAUCUCAUCAUCCAACCAGACUUUUGAUUCUCAGUCUGGUGCUGCUGCCCCUCCUGAAUUUGUAAAUCAAGGUCUUCUUCUUUGGAAUCAGACCCGGGAGCGUUGGGUGGGCAAGGAAAGGCGUAGUAACAACCCACCGGAUCCUACUCAAGGAGCUAAGAUCAAUUGGGACGCAGCAUCGUACGAUAGCUUGCUGGGGAGCAACAAGUUAUUUUCCCAACCUAUUCCUCUCAAUGAAAUGGUGGAUUUUCUGGUGGAGGUUUGGGAACAAGAAGGUCUAUAUGACUGAUGAAUUAAGAUACACUCUCAUACACACACAAUGGUUCCAACAUUUCAGAUUUUUUCUUCUGUUUUGGUUUGAUUUCUGAAACCACCUUGUUGUACCAUCUUUCAUUUGGAAAACCUGGAAUGUGGGUCAAUGAGAAAAUCCCCUUGUUGUACCAUCUUUCAAUCUAUAAAGGCUUAAGAUUUAUGUCUGGAUUUUACCA